UUUAGUGACACAUGGCCGUUGCCACGUGUCAAUGGGCGGAAUGUGUGCAGUUCUACGUGAAUUUUAUACUACAUUUGGUUUUACUACUUACUCAAAAAGCUUUUGCCACCAGUGCAUAAUCUGCAUUAAACAUAAUUCACAGGGACAUGCGAGACCAAAGAGAGGACAAUUCCCUUCACCCCCACAUCCGUUUCAUACAAUACACAUGGAUUUCAUCCAGUUGAACAAAGUUCAUAACCUAGAAUAUGUGUUGGUGGUGAUGGAUGUGUUCUCUAAGUGGGUCGAGCUAUUCCCAUGUCGCACUCCUGAUGCUGCUGCCGUAGCCAAAGCACUCUGUAGGCGGAUUAUCCCAAGCCAUGGAGUGCCCAGACUCAUUCGAAGUGAUAACGGAACACAUUUUGUUAAUGAGGACCCUAAAGUGAAACCAGGAGACUGGGUGUUCAUCAAAGUCAUAAAGAGGAAGUCUUGGGCCGAAGCUCGUUGGGAAGGGCCACACCAGGUUAUUCUAGCCACUCCUACUGCAGUGAAGGUACGAGGUCGAAUCGCUUGGACACACAUCUCGCAUUGUAAGGUGCGGGACAUUCCAGCUGCAGAGUCAACCGCUGUGGAGAGGAAAUCUGACUACAAAGGGGUCUAGAGGUAUAGAAUCUAGUCGUCUCAACGUCAGUGUUUUUACAGAGCCUCCACGGUUUAGUGACGAUGUCUGGGGGUCACGGGCCUUUGAUGUGGAGGUAGGUCCUCGGAGGGGUUUUUGCCCUCACCUUACUGAGACUGUUGCUACAAGGACUGAACAAUGACUUUUUCGUGAGAGACAAAGGAAGACAAUACAGAAGAUGGAAAAGAUGGAUUUUGUCUGAAGAUCUGCAUACCUACAACAUAACACAUGUGUAUCAUUUGAAUUCAUGGUAUCGCUAUGCUCAAAUGUUAGCUGAUUUGAAUAAUGUGUCUGACUGUUAUGUAUGUUCUAUGAUGCCAAUAUCUGCUUCUCAUCCCCGUUUAACAGUCGCCAAAAUCUCUCAUGAACAGAGUGCGUGUGUAGGUGAACGGACAUCUAUUGAACAAAAUGUUUUUAGCGUUUAUAAUACAUCCCACAUAACAGUUCAUGACAAUGGCACUUACUCUAUCAGUGAACCCUGUGCAGUGACAUACCCUUUGAAGUACAUAAAGUCUAACGUAACAUUGACCCCUUAUGUCACUGUUAAACCUAAAACAAUAUUCCCGCUGUGUUUCUUCAGAAGUGGUUCAGUGCCUGUGGGGAGUUUGCCUCUCUACAGGUGUCGUCAGACAGCGGUUCCUAUGGAAACGUGUGUGAUGCAAGGUCAAAAGAAAACUAGAAGUUUUGAUGAAGGUGGUGAUAUCUGUCCAUGGCCCAACCCUAGAAAUAAGACCAGGUGUUGGAGUGACUAUGUUUUGCCUAGUCCUGAUGGUACGACCACAUUAGCAGGUAUCUACUGGAUGUGUGGCCACAAAGUCUACCUAAAUCUUCCACCCAAGUGGGUAGGAAUUUGUGCCCCAGUGCGUCUGACUGACCACACUUACAUUAUAACUCAGACUACCCACCACCGUCGUAGCCGCAGAGCUGUAGUAGAUGUGAAACCACACGAUCCUAUUUGGGGAAAGGAUGUCCCUGAUGAGCAUAAGUUGUGGUCUGCUAGUCAUAAAAUAAGGUUAAGUCUGUUCCCCUGGAUAGGGGUUGGAAAGUUACUGUUAAGAAUGGAAACACAAGAAUACAGAAUUGGAUUGUUUGUAAAUUCAUCUAUUAAGGUAGAUGAGAAACAAAAUGUUGAAAUAUCUGCUAUGCGUUUAAUGUUGAUGCAAAAUAGAUUGGUGCUUGACCUAAUGGCAGCUGCAAGAAGGAGGUGUUUGUGCAAUGCUGAAUGAUACAUGCUGUACAUACAUU